CCGCUGAAACACGGGUAUUUUGAGCAUGAGGUUCCUGCGAGAGUUUCUCAUCAUGGACACUAAACCAGGUUACAGUCUCGGCUCAUCUGGCAAACUGAUGAAUCAGUACAUGAUUAAAGACCACAUGCUGUCACAUUACAGAAAGCUGUAUUCAGCCAGAGCUGCUGUGGACUGUUCAGUGCCUAAAAGCAUGCAUAGCAAUGUCAAAUAUGUUGAUCAAAAGCGCCGUGAGCAAUUAAGGAAAGGCACUCUGAGUCAAUCGGGAAGAUCCACCUCCCAGAGGAGCACUAGGAUAAACUCAAGAACUUCCUGUACUUCUAAGAAUAGCAGACCCUCUGUUCAGGGUGAGGACAGUGCCUAUCAUUAUCUGGACCAGUCUCUGAUGUCCUCGCCCAGAAUCAGCACCUCAUUCCACUCCAAACAAAUUGUAUAUCCGUCCCCUGCGAACCAUUUCCCAUCUGCCUCAGAGCUGACUUACCGAAGCCCAAGCGCUCACUGGCAUCCCGCGGGUCCGUCCUGUGCCACGUCCGCCAGUCAGAGAGGAUACAGAAGCUUUCAGGAUCCCACACAGAAGACCUACAGUGGAGACGUUCUGCUGAAACACGCUCAUCGCUUCACUCAGGAGAAACCCUUCACCCCGAGAACGCUCAAAUCAGACCACAAGUCCACGCUCUUACAAUACCGCUAUUACACACCUCCGCGGAGGAAAGCUGAGGAGGAGAAGUCCGCCUGUAAAGUCAUGCGACAGGAGAUGUACCACGGGAGCACACGGUCCAAACGAGGCUUUUCUCCACAGCUCGAGACACGCCAGCCAUUUACUCUUGAUCACGAGUGGUCGGAUGAAGAAACAGAUUCGUUUAGACAUCACGGCAAGACGAGCAGGUUCAGGGACAGUGAUUUUCUUCUCUCGUCCUCCAGGAUUUCACCAGAAGGCAUGAGGUCUCCCAUAAUGAGAAAGGUUUCAGCAGAGGAGGAAGAAUUAAUGUACCUGGAGUUCAUUACAGACGUGACGAAUGAGAUCUUAAUGCAAGGCCUUUACUCUGACAGGGUACUGAAGAGAGUAUUUGAACGUCACAUUGAUAUGAACAGACAUCGAUUAGACGAGAACAAAAUGCGGCACCUUCUAGACAAUCUGCAGGAGGAUCUGCGAAGUCCCCCUGCUGCCGCCGUCCCGUCGUUCAGUCCUGUCAUCUGUCAGACGCUGCCGCCCGAUGAUGGUGAUGAUCUGCUUCGUCAAGUGUUCAGCGAGGACGUCUCUCCUGCUGUAGCGUCCACACCUGUGAACCACAGCUGUAAGGAGGGACAUCGCGUUCAAAGCACGUACGGCCAUUGCAGGCGGCGAUUGAGGAGGAGAGCGCUGCCCUGCGGCUCAGAUUGA